AUGAGUGACAGCGAAGAACCGAGCGACGAAGAACAACGUCUUAUGAAAGAGAUCGACAAAGAAAUUGAUAAAGUCAAGUACUUCAUGGAGGAGAUAGAGGAACUGAUCGAAAUUCAGGAUUAUUCGGAGAUGGAAAUAGUCAACAAACGAGCUGUGAAAAUCAUUGCAAAGUUGUCGGAUCUUAUUUCACAGACAGAAGAAUUAAAAAUUGAGCAAGGAAUGUCGCCACGAACUGAGCAACGGUUGGAAGAUGAGCGGCGAUUGUACGUGUUACGUGAAAAACAACAAGAGCAUGAGCGUAAAUUGUGGAAGGAAAAGCUUGAAGCUGAAUUACUUGUGGCAGAAAAGAAACUGGAAAUGGAGAAAACAGCCGUUUCCAGCACCACAAAGUUACCGAAAUUAAAGAUAACACAUUUUAAGGGUACUGCCGGCGAUUGGAUAAGAUUUGAAAACAUGUUCCUGACGCAAGUUGAUGCGAAAUCAAUUUCCGACGAGGAGAAAUUCAAGUAUCUUCUAGAAUCCGUUAGCCCGAAGGUAACAGACAGAAUUGCAAAUUUAAAACCUGGAACUAUUGUGCUUUGGGCCUACCUAGAUACAGGAUCCGGACGCAAUUUCAUUUCACGUGAAGCAGUCAAGUUAGUGAAGUUGAAACCGACACGUCACGAGACUCGCGAAAUCUUGACAGUCAAUGGAACCAAAGUCCAGACAAUGCCAGUCUUUGACACCCAUAUUACGUCCCUGGUCGGAAAAUCCUGCGAAAAUGUGGAAUUCACUGGUUCGAAGUUAGCUGUUUUUACCACAGUGAGAAGGCCAGACAUGAAUUAG